AUGAGUGGUGAGUGCUUGUUACCUUACUACACAGCCCACACCUACCGUUCCAUGGGUGUGUUCAAUACCUCCAUGGGAGAACUGCAACGACAGCUGUACAAGGGAGGAGAGUAUGAUAUUUUUAAAUACGCACCCAUGUUUGAGAGCGACUUUAUCCAGAUCAGCAAAAAAGGAGAGGUGAUUGACGUGCACAACCGCGUGCGCAUGGUGACCGUGGGCAUUGCCUCCACCAGCCCCAUCCUCCCACUCCCUGAUGUCAUGCUGCUGGCCCGUCCAACUAAAGGCUGUGAAGAGCAUCACACCAGACUUGCCCGGUCCUCCAGGGGUAAAGGACGCAGGUUCACCAAGACCCUCGAGCUCACCAGGCUACUCCCCUUGAAGUUUGUCAAGAUCUCCAUCCACGAUCGUGAGAAACAACAGCUGCGCCUGAAGCUGGCCACUGGUCGCACGUUUUACCUGCAACUGUGUCCCUCUUCUGAUGCACGAGAAGACCUCUUCUGCUAUUGGGAAAAACUUGUCUAUCUCCUGAGACCACCAGUGGAGAGCUGCAGCAGUAGUCCAACACUCCAGACUGGGGAUAUGACCACAGAGGAUGACAAAAGUUUGGCGGUAAGCAUUCACAGAGAUGCAAGAGAAGGGGAGACUGUGUUUCACAAACUUAGAGACGUGUCUGGAAUCUCCUCUUCUGCUUAUGCUGGGGGAGAGGGAAUCCAGCAUGCCCCUCGUGGUGGAACAUCCGUCAGCCCGAAAACCCCACUAAAUGCACGCAGAGCUGCAAGCUUCCCGGCCGGGGGCCUAGCUGUCGCCGGGACCCGUUCGAGCCCGGCCGGGGGAAUGACUGUCGCCGGGACCCGUUCGAGCCCGGCCGGGGGCGCUGCGAGCAUCGCCGCCACAAAGUUUGGGGGCCCGGGCCCGAGCCCCGGGAGCGCGGCCCUGGCCGGAGCCGCCACCAAGGCCCCGGGAGAAAGCGGCUCUGGCAAGAUGAUAGCUGUUGCUGCCAACAUGUCUUCCGAGAGCACCAGCGCUGCCCCGGCCGGCUCAGCCAGCACGACCUCGGUGGGCGUGUCCACCGGCACGCCCGGCACCGUCAGCCCGUCCCGGCUCAGCAGCAUGAGCGUGGUGUUCGCUGGCGCGAUCACGGCGCAAUCACCCUCCACCGAGCGAACCCAGUCCCCAGCGCCCCUGGUGUCCACGCUGAAGAGCGAAGGCUACAUGAGCGAGCGCGACGGCAGCCAGAAGGUCAGCCAGCCCGGCGCCAGCAACCGCAAAGAGAGGAAGGAAAGAAGAGAAAAGAAAGACAGAACUUCCUCCAGGAAGAGUUCCCGCCACCACCGGACUGGGGAAGCUCACCACAGGACUGGGGAAGCUCACCACCGGUCUGGGGAAGCUCACCACCGGUCGGACAAGUCCACCCGGAAGUCAUCCUCCCACCGCUCGGUGUCCGGCCACGGGGGCUCUAAAGACAAUAAAAAGGACAAAGGGCAGAGCAGCCGGGGGCGGGGCCGCAGCUCCCACAAAAGCUCCAGCCACAGCUCCACCGGCAAGGAGGCCAGGACAGCACCUAAGGUGGCCAAGAGCCGGUCGGGCACCAACUCUGCUACUCUCAGCAAGAAAUCCAGUAAGAUCGGCUCUUUCUUCCGGAGUUUCAAGGUCAUUCCGGGUUCAAAGCCAUUACUCACACAGGACAGAGGAGUGGACAUCGUGGCCACGUCGGUGGAGAAGCACAACAUCGAAGCCAAGUUGGAGAAAUCUCCCGAUCGCUCGGACCUGGAGAUUAGUGGGACUGUGACAUCUGAGGUGACAGAGACCAUAUACAUAGAAGCCAAAUCCACUUAAACCGCAGCCGGGCAGGAAGCCGCCGUGGAGACCCAGCCUCGGGGAAGUAUCCCUACAGAGUAAAUUCCAACUUUCUUUAAUAAAAGAAGCAACCGAUGUCAAAAGAAAUGCUGUCUUCUGUUUGUUUCUAAAUCCAUUGGUAAUGA